GGUGUUCCUAACAGUAAAAAUACAUUCGUUGACUGCGUGUUUCAGAAAAUCACAAACAUCCUGAUAUCAUGCCACCAAAACGUAAAAAUAGAGUAGCAGCAAAGCGACCCAAGACAUCCAAGACGAACACAGCAGGUCCAACGGCGGCGAAAAAAAGAAAACAGGCCCCGGCGACUGACAAAGCAGGUCCAACUGCGGCGAAGAAAAGAAAACAUGCCCCGGCGACUGACACAAAAGGAGCAUCGGGUUCUGGUGGAGCUGCUGCAGGUAGCUUAGACCUGUCCUCUUUCAUCACAGAAAAAAGCUGGAGACGUGAGCUCAAGAUGGAAUUUACCAAAGACUACUUCAAGGGUAUCGAGUCAAAGCUCGCGGGUGAUUAUGCGAACAAAACACAGGUGUUCCCACCUAAGGACCACAUCUUUCAUGCAUUUAAUGUAACGUCGUUUGACAAGGUGAAAGUUGUAAUUCUGGGACAGGAUCCGUACCAUGACGACGGACAGGCCAUGGGAAUGGCAUUUUCUGUCCCACCAGGAGUGAAACCACCGCCUUCAUUGAAGAACAUAUAUAAAGAGCUAACCAAUGAUGACAAAAUUAAGAAGUUCACGACCCCUACUCAUGGUAAUUUGGAGGCUUGGGCGAAGAGGGGAGUGUUUCUGCUCAAUGCUACACUUACAGUCGAAGCCCACCAGCCGAACUCUCAUGCCAAGUAUGGCUGGCAGAAAUUUACAGACAAAGUCAUCCAGAUUAUUAGUGAGAAUUGCUCUGGAGUCGCCUUUAUUCUCUGGGGCAAUUUUGCACAUAAAAAGGAGAGUUUAAUUGACGGAACAAAACACACCAUUAUCAAAACUGCUCAUCCGUCACCUUUGUCAUCUAAGAAAUUUGAGAACUGUAAGUGUUUCUCACAGGCUGAUGCAGCACUAUUAGCAAAUAAACGAGACAAAAUGGACUGGUCACUGUAAAGGAACAAUAUUUAAAUCAAGGUGUGUGAAAACGUUUUACGAUUUUAAUGCAAAAUGUUGAAUCAUUGUUUAAAAAUGAACUUCAAUAUAGCCCUGAAUUAAUAAUAUUUUUAAAGAUAUUCAUAUAGAAAUAGUAAUUUAUAUAUAUUAUAUAAAAAAGCUAUGGAAAAAGGUUGUGAUUUUUUAAACAAGAUUAUUGUGAGUGUCAAAUACUUUCAUGUAUUUAAAAUUAUGCGAGUUAGUCAACCUUAGUUAAACAGUUCUUGUUAUCGCUAUUUCUCGGGAAGUACCUAAGGGAUCUUUCUCACAUUUUAUAUGUAGGUUCCCCAUGGUCCCUA